AUGCUGCGCAAGGCCAUUCUCUCUCUCGCUCUCCCUCUUCUGGGUGUCCAGGCCCUGCUGGGCACCAAUGAGUACGAUUACAUCGUCGUUGGCGGCGGCACAGGUGGCAAUGUAAUUGCCACUCGCCUGGCAGAGAAGGACUUUAAAGUCGCUCUGAUCGAGGCUGGCGGACAUUACGAGUUGCAGUCUUUUGCUGCCGUUCCGGCAGCCGAUGCUCUGCCCGUGGGCUCCAGUCCCAAUGUGAAGUCUUCGAUUGACUGGGGGUUUAUUACCGAGGCUUUCCCUGGUGCCAAUAAUCGAGCUAUCCAUUUUGCACGCGGUAAAACGCUGGGUGGGUCGUCGGCGUUGAACUUUAUGAUCUAUCAAAGACCAACCGUCGAAUCCAUGCAGCAAUGGGCAGAUGCGGUCGAUGAUAAGAGCUAUUCCUUUGACGAGGUACUGCCCUUCUACAAGCGCAGCACUCACUUCACUCCCUCCAACACGGAGUACCGAUUCCGCAAUGCCUCGACCAAAUACGACGGGUCCGCCUUCGAAGAAAACGGCGGUCCCCUGGAGGUCUCCUAUGCCAACUACGCCAUGCCCUUCUCGAGCUGGAUGAAACUGGGCAUGGAGGCGAUCGGCAUCAAAGAGGCGCAGGACUUCAACAGUGGCUCCCUGAUGGGCUCGCAGUAUUGCUCGUCAACCAUCCGUCCCAGCGACCAGACCCGCAGCAGCUCCGAGUCGUCGUUCCUCAAAUCACCGCCCAGAUCCCUGCACGUCCAUGCGAACACGUUGGCCAAGAAAAUUAUCUUCGACAAGAACAAGAAGGCAACGGGCGUACAAAUCAAAGGUCCCCUCGGUAGGAUCUCUACUCUCAAGGCCAGCAAAGAAGUUAUCGUAUCUGCCGGUGCAUUUCAAUCCCCCCAACUGCUCAUGGUGUCCGGAGUCGGCCCUGCAGACACGCUUAAGGAGCAUGAAAUCGAGGUCGUUGUCAACCUUCCCGGUGUCGGCCAGAACAUGUGGGAUCAUCCUUUCUUCGGGCCCAGCUAUCGCGUUAGCGUCACGACGUUCACCAAGAUUGCUCGCGACCUGCUUUACCUGCUCAGUCAAUUCCUGAACAGCGUCGCCACCGAGAAGGGCCCCCUUACCAACCCCAUCGCCGAUUUUCUCGCAUGGGAGAAGAUCCCAGCCAAGUUGCGCUCCUCGUUCCCGGCACAGGUGCAGAAGACUCUGCGGCAGUUCCCGAAGGACUGGCCCGAGGCCGAGUAUAUUUCCGGAGCCGGUUACAUCGGAAACUUCUCCGACCUCCUGACGACUCAGCCCCAGGAUGGCUUGCAGUAUGCUUCGAUGCUGGGGGUCCUCGUGGCCUCAACCUCGCGCGGCAACAUCACCCUGAAAUCUGCCGACACUGCAGACCUCCCCCUGGUCAACCCCAACUUGCUGGCCACCGAAUCCGAUCAGCAGAUCGCCAUCGCCAUGUUCAAGCGCAUGCGUGAAGCGUUCCAGAGCAAGGCCAUGGCUCCCGUCGUUAUCGGCGAAGAAUAUUACCCCGGCAACAAAGUCAGCUCGGACGAGCAGAUCCUCGAAUUUAUUCGUAAUCACGUCAUGACACUGUGGCACCCGGCUUGCACCUGUAAGAUGGGUACCAAGAAUGACGAGAUGGCUGUACUCGAUAGCCAGGCUCGGGUGUAUGGCGUCAGCGGACUCAGGGUUGUUGACGCCAGCUCCUUCCCCAUCUUGCCCCCGGGCCAUCCUCAAUCCACUGUUUAUAUGCUGGCUGAAAAGAUUGCCGAUCUCAUGGUUAGCAAGUCUUCAUAG